AGAUGAAAAUGAAAACAGUAGGGUCAAUUAUCUUCCUCCUAAUAGACCUAAGUUAUUACCAUGUUGGCUGUGAAACUGCUAUAAGCAAUACUACGAUCUUAACAACAGAUAGUUUCUCACAAAGUACAGUUCAAGAAUUCACAAUGACGACAGAAGAUUCAAAUAAAACAGAGAUACAGGAAAUUUCAAUGGCCACAGAAACUAGUAAAAUUGCUGUUACGGCCACGAUGAAACCCCAUCAAUCACCUAUAAUAAAUACAGCAUUUAAUCAGACAAUACAAAAAGUUCUACGAACAAAGAGUACAAUAAUACAAAGAAGGCAAUCAGAGUUUUGUGAAUGCGAUUCAAAGGCUUCGUCAUGCGACAUUAACUGCUGCUGUGACCCCAAAUGCAGCGAAUUUCAUGUUGCUGCAUUUUCAUCAUGCACGGAUCGCAAUGCAAAAGUCUAUGAUAAACGUUACUGUUAUGAUAAGAAUUUUAUCGAUUACAACAAUACAAAGUUUUUAUUAGAGAGAUUAACAAGCAACUUAUUCUGUAUUGCUUACGAUAAUCUUCCACCUGCAUAUAGUGCAAGUAACGCCGUGGAUGUUAAAAACCAAAACGAGUUUGAUAAUAUUGUCAAUGGAUUUGUGCAUAAGAAAUUCAAAUGGCAAUGGGAGACAGUGGAGACUCCACCCCAAUUUAAUAUUACUGAGCCUUACAGAGAUGGUGACAUAUUAUGGAAACUGGAAUCAAACCUCAUUCAGCCAUUAUAUCUGCUAAAUACAGGGUUUACUGCAUAUUGCUCAUUCAAAAAAGUUAUAAAAUAUCUUCGAGAUUGGAAGGGUUCUUGUUUACAAACUGAGCUGAGUAAUCAAAAUACGUUUUUAUUUCCAUCAACAUUCAACAACUUCAGUAUCAUCGCAUCACCCCUGUUAUUUAAUGAAACUUCCAUCAUAUCACAGAAUCAGACAUGUCCGAAAAAUGUAUGCCUUCCGCUUGUUACUCAUUACUGCUUGGACUCUUGGGUCUUUUGUAAUGAUACGGAUAAUGUUAUUGCAUCCUGCUCAAACAAUAGGUGCCGAAAUAUCAUACAAAGUGUACGUUUUGUAAUUAUCCACAAUGGAACAAUGGGCAUUAAGAAUAUUGACAUUUAUUUUAAGCUUGGUGAUGUUUCUGACAAAUUUUACCAGAAUUUUGAAGUGGUUUAUGAAUGGGCAGACAAAGAUAGAAUAAAUACAUUUGAUAUCAGCGGCUAUCCAGGAUAUAUUAUAGGUAAACCAAUUAUUAUUGGAACAUUAAUAACUAAUAAAACUAGUGAUGAAGAAAUUCAAUUCAUAUCAGUUAAUAAGACAAAUUAUAUUUUUACUUUGCCACAAGCUAUGAGAAGUGGAGAAUGUGAUAAAAUUAACCGAUAUAAAGUUGGUUUUGGGGAAGACAUUAAAUUACGAUGUACAAUUAACAUCAAAACAAAUAACUUCAGUACUAAUUCAUGUAUAAGAAUACAAAACGAAACCCUUAAAAUGUUGUUGGGUCAAUCCUUGUUCAAUAUCACAGAAAUUGGGCAGUAUAUAAUUUAUGUAUCAAAAUUGGGUAAAAUUUCAAUCAAUGAUACUGCCAGUUGGACUCAAAUUUUCUUAGAUAGAGUACCAAAUAAUGUUGUAACUGGACAGAUCGUUCAAAACCAUAUUCGCUGUUCUGGCCUAAUUACAUCUCUUAGAACAGAUGUUUUACAUUCCUCUAUAGCAAAACCUGAAAAUCUAAAUAACCACAAAAUUUUAAGUAUAAAAAUUACAUUUUCUGAUGAAGUUGAUCUGUUCUGGUCAAAAUGUUCAGGUAUUAAUUGUACGGAUAACUUAAGUAUCGAUGUUAUUAGUUAUGUAAUGUUUUAUGAUAUGUCUCAACCAACGAAGUUUCACUUUGUUGGUGGUCCUAAUUUGGACAUAAAUUUGCCAUAUGAUUUCUUCUAUCCUUUUUUAAGUCGUUCGAAUAUUGCACAACCAUCUAUAUUUUUAUUACUUUGUAUUUUAGUUCAGUCCUACCUAUUUAUGUCACGUAUAUAAUAGAUGAAAAUAUAGAUAUAAAAGUGACAUAAAAUUAGCACAAAAUGUACAUGUAUGUAAGUACAUUAAUACGAUUCUAAUUUCUUAUAGCGUAUAUCACAAAUAGUAUUAUUCUCUGAAUGACUAAUAGAGUAAAACAUUACACAUACACUAUACAUAUAUAUAUAUAUACAGAACAAAAGUACUUGUUUACACUAGUACUUCAUAUUUCAUUAAAAUUUAAUACUUACUAUAAAUCACACAAUUUUUUAUGCAACAUACAAUGGUUAGAUAUCAAAUAUUUAUGCUAAAUAUAAUAGCAACCAGUUAAGCAGCAAAAUGAUAAAAAAGAAAAUUAAGAACAUGUUUGCUAACCAUGUUUUACUGUAAGUAUUCCUUAUUCUUUUUAAUUUGAUAUCUUACCAUUUCUCUUUAUAGAAGUAUUCAGUAAAUACAUUCUUAUCGUACUGUUGACAAAUCUACACUUUUUUGGUCUUCAAAAAUAAUGUACAAUAAUGUUCAUAUUGUAUUUUUUACACCGCAAGUGUAACACAGGAGCAAAGCGAAAAUUGAGGUACAAAAUAUCAAAUAGUUACAAGAAAUGAAACUAUAAUUGAAUAAAGAUACAUUCUUCAUACAU